UUUGCUUUGCAGUUCUUAGCUGGAGUUGAGAAAUCUUCAGUCAUCAGUUCUAAAGAGCCGCAUGAUCGAAAGAGUCGCGGGCGGAGAUGCGGGAAGUGAUUCAUUUGUUUUCAUUAAUUUACACUGUAUUUAAAUAAAAACGCCAGAAGAGAGACGAGCCAACGUCACUCGGACUUUCUAAUUAAAAAGUACAAAUAUCGAUAGUCAGUUACAAGGUUAUAAUAGCAGCCCAGCUAAAACCGGUGACAAGAAACGAAAGUAACUUCCGCAAAAGAAGUGAAACAAAAUACGAUUCGUGAACGCCGCGGAGUGGAGCGUGAGUGCAUGCGUCAAUAAAAGUAUUGAUUGAAGUUCUGCCUCUUAGUGGAUAAGUUAAGCUGAAGUACAAGUGUUUCUGGGAUUCAGUUGUCAACGAAAAGUCACAGGCCUCUGACCGAGUUGUUCCAUCAUUUCAAACGUUCUCCGUAUUGUGUCUUAUGCUACACACUUCGGCGAUAAAAAAGCCAAGAUUCUAGAGCGACAACCAAAAAGUGCCACUGAAAAUGGCGAGCAGCUGCAACAAACAUCAAGAUCUUCAUGAUCAUAAAGCAGAUCCACAACAUCGCCAUCAGCAUCUGCAACAACACACGUUUACCACCAAUAGCCACACGAAACCAUUUCACAAGAGAUCUUUGCUUGUGUUUGUAGUUUUGGCUCUUUCAGUAUCUCUUAAAUGUAUUUUAUGCGAAGAAUAUGCGGAGACAACCACCGCUGAUACUCCGAUAACAGUUACAACUACAAUAUUCGACAUCGAUUCCGAAUUAUCUAAUAACACCACGGACGCUUUAGCGCAGGCAAUCACCGCUGACAAACAAACUUCACCACAAUUGGAACCGGAUGUGUACCAUGAUGUUGGACUGGACAUAGUGGAUUCACAAACCGACAUUCCAGCGCUAGAAAAUAAAGAUAACCAGACAUUUGCCGAAGAAUCAAUAUACACCGAAGAUUCGGACGUCAAUAAUGAUAUAUUCGCAGAAAACGAUACAACUCACUCGCUAUCAUCCAUUCUUGUACCAAAAUCAUUCGAAGUCAGCCCUGCAGAUUCUACAGAAUUAGAACAGAUCAUAAGAAAAUCUGUAAAAACUGAAAUAGAAAUGGAGCAGGGACUGGAGCCAUCGCCCGUGCUAGAAAUACUGAAGGAUAUUUCCGAACCCGAAAUCAGGGAAACUCUAAGUCAAGACUUAAAUGAACCGGCAUUAAUGCGGAACAAUGUUGAAUCGACAACGGAAAAGUCGGAUGAACUCAAAGACUCGUCGAUAUCCGAAGAUCAAUUGACACAAAAUCUGGAAUUACAUGUGGAAGUACCGAAUGAAGACAGCGCACGUGAAGCUCGUAACUUAGAAGAUCAGAACAGUAAUGAUACUUCCGAAUCAUUGCUAUCGUCCCUGGAAUCAGAUAAUUCAAAUGAAUCGAACCAUGAUCAUCAAGUGCUUUCUUCUGAAUCAAACGGAUUUCAACGGCAAAACGAGAAAGCCCCAAAACAUUCACAAGAAGAUAUAGAAUAUGUCAAAGAAAACACGGAAAAUCAACAAGUCUUUGAUACAAACAAUGAUCGACUAGAAAAUCAUGUUGGAAAAUUGGCUACUAGCAUUGUACACCCAGCAGAAUCUCGAAGAGAAAUCGAAGAACCUACAACAACAACUGCUUCUGAUGUUGCCCUCUUAGAAAACGAAGAUUCCAUUGGGAAAUCUGAUGAAAAUGACGAUGCCCUAUCAGUAGUUCUUGAUGAAUCUCUGUCCUCUACUGUACCCAUUAAUGAGGACGAGACGCUUAAGGAAAUCGAAGAAGCUGCACAAAAGACAUCUUUAGAUAUAAUAGCUGAGGAAGAAACUACAGCAAUGCCUGAUGAUUCAGAACACGUCGUAAUUAAGAAGGUUCUAGACGUGAAUGAUAUUUUUAUAGAUGUGCCUGAAACGACAAUUCAACCGGAAUUGGUGACGGAAAGAGAAGCCGAGGUUAUUAUUGAGGUACCUCAUCCCACUGUUAUUGUAGAGGAUUUUCCUGCUAAACCUGAAGCUAAUGAAAAUGAGAAUAAUGAGGAACAGAUUAUGAAUGCUGAUAUUUAUGACGGAGAUGGCCACAAUAGCAACGAUGCCGAUAUUAAAGUCGAUAAGGAAGAAGUUGAGUCCGCAUCAAAACAUUACAACUCUGAAGAGGAAGAUCAAACAGAUAUUGAUGUCAUGUCGAGUACUACGGAGACUAUAGAUUUUAACGAUUCUUCAACGGAAAAUCAAAAUGCUGGAGAUGAUGCAGAAUUAUCAGAUAGUGGUACUAAAAUGGAAUCGAAGGAUAUAUCAGCCACAAUCGAGUUCAAUCGUCCCAUCUCGGAACAAAUAUCAGAGGAGGUACCUACCAAUCAUUUUUAUAUUGCUAGUACCACAGUGGGCCCUCUUGAAAUUACGGAAGAAAUUCCAAUGGAUGGAUUUAAUAACACCAACCCCGUAAAAGGUUCACGCUCUGUGAACACUGCCCUCAUAGACGACGAUGCCGUGGCCACAAUGUUCGAAACUUAUCCCCCUCAAGAUGCGGGACAAACUUUUAACGGAAAUUUGGCUGAUGAGUCAGCUGGCAUAGGCAAAGCUUUGCCUGUGUCUGUUAAUGAUGGUUCGAAUAGGUCCACGACCAUAAUAAUACUUAGCUCAGGCACAGCAUUCCUAUUCAUCGUUAUAUCGGUAACCAUAUUUCUGAUUUCCUUUCAAAGGCAGCAUGGCACUUUGGACAUUGAAAUGCAAGAACGCAGUUGUGGAAAGGACAAUCUAGAGGAGGAAGAUGCCGAAACGUUUGCAAAAUUGUUGGAUGUUGAAUUGCCGCCAUCGGUCGCCAUAGCCUUGGAAGAGACUGAAGAAUGUUUGUAGUAUAAAAAUGACAAAUACCUUUGUUGUUAUGUAAAUACUAUUAUGAGACGAUAGGUGCAGUGCCACCCUCUGUGGCAAUUAAAUGCGUUCGGUAGAUAAUACCGAAAGUUAAACUACGAUUUAUAUCAAAAACAUUUGAGAAUAUUGACUGAAACAUUACCCGCUCCCAGUUGUGUAGUGGAACCCGCAUAUAUGACUUUUGUGGCCAUAACAUUAAUAAUAGCUCAUGCACCACUCAUUAUUAAUCAUAGAAAUCCAUUGUUAUCCUGCAAAUAUACUCACCUACAUACACACAUAUUUAUAUUCACGAACCAACGACGAAAAAUAGCCUUCUAUUUAAAUAUCACCAUUUUUAUUUUAUUUUAGAAUGUAAGUUGUUUAUGUUAAUUAUGCUUAGUGUCUUUUAGUUAAUAAACAAACAAAAUAUUAUGAA